UUUGUUUUGGGUUAAUACAAGUUUUAGGAAGUAAAGUAAGAAUGUGACAGAGAAUAUAGUCUUAAUGUUUAUACAAUUUAAAAGUUAAUCGGUGGCAAAUAUUUAAUGCGAGAUAUUUAAGACGAACUCGCAGCUAAAUAGCUAACUGGCUAAAGUCUGCACAUAAACACUGGCUUUUUGCUCUUGAUUUUACAACUUUUAUUGUUUAUUCCUUAUUUACAAAAUGGGGAAAAAGAAACCAGCUAAGUUUUCCCGCACGGAGAACAAGGGCAAAGACAAGAGACAUAAAAUGAAAGGGAAAUCCUUGGAGGCUUUUACAGAGGAAAUGCAUACUGCUUUUGAAGCAAGCCUUCAUUUGGAGGAAGGAGCAGAGGCCAAUCCGGUGAAACUGCCAUGUCCACUUGCCAUGUGGGAGUUGGGUCACUGUGAUCCCAAACGUUGCACUGGAAGAAAGUUGGUCCGCAAAGGCUUUGUGCGCAACUUGCGUCUCAAUCAGAGGUUUAACGGACUCAUACUGAGCCCAAUGGGUACAAAAUAUGUUUCACCAGCUGACAGAGAAAUUGUGGCUCAGUGUGGAUUAGCAGUCAUUGACUGUUCCUGGGCCAAACUGGAGGAGACGCCAUUUAAUAAGAUGAUUGGAGCUCAUCCCAGGUUGCUGCCAUACCUUGUCGCUGCAAACCCUGUUAACUAUGGCAAACCUUGCAAGUUAUCAUGUGUUGAGGCUUUUGCUGCUACAUUCUGCAUCGUAGGUUUUGAAGAACUGGCUGUGCUCUUAUUGAAGAAAUUUAAGUGGGGCACAGUGUUCAUGGACCUUAAUAAAACCCUGCUGGAGCGGUAUGCAGCAUGCAAGUCAGAAGAGGAUCUGCUCUCUGUAGAGAAGGACUUUCUUACGUCCAAACCCGAGGAAGAGGAAUUUGAUCCUUUUGAUCUUGAUUCAGGAGUAGAAUGUAGAAAUCUAAACAGACAUCAGUGUUUACCUGAUGAUGAUGACGAUUUGAGUGAAGAAGAUGAAUCAGAAGAUGAACAAACUGACGAUGAAGCAGAAGUUGAGAAGACAGAAAAAAGCGAGUUGAGAGCCGAUUCACAUUGUGCUGAUGUAGAAGAGACUGAAUCGAAAUAAUGAUCACAAUAAAGCUCAUUUUAACAAUCA